AUGGAUGCCUUCUCGGAGCUUUCUCAUCGGACGGGCGCUUCCACCGGGAGCACCUCCUCGAGCCGCCAGGCCACGCCGGAGCGGUCGGUGGGCCGUCUGCUAUGCUCCCGUCUCGCGGCGUCGGAAGCCGCUGGCGGCAAGCGGGCCACUCCCUCUUCGGGGGAUGCCCAGGGGCCUUCGAGCGGCGCCCCGUCCGGGUCUCCAGCCACCACCCCCCCCGAUGCGUCGCCGCUCGUUUCCUCCGCGCCGACCCGCCUCUCCCCGCCUCGCGGGCGCGGGACGCGCCUGUGCACCUCCUCCGGCGCGCCGCUGUCUGCCAAAGAGGGGGCAACUCUUGCAAAGCGCGAGGCAUGCCUGGUAGCCGCUAGUGCGCGAGAAGAGGAAGAGCGUUGCCCGGUCGCGUCGGACUCUGACGAAGAGUUGUCUUCCGACGCCGCGAUCUGUGCUGAGGCGCGCGCGCCGGCAAGGGACACCUCUCUCGCUCCGCAGUUCGCUGACAGCGCGCCGGCUGGGGCACGAGAAGACUUCUUUUCUCCGUCGCCUCCUCCUUUGUCUGCUUUCUCGGGGCCUUCGUCUGCGGCGCCAUCGUCCGGUCUCUCUUCGUGUCUCUGUUCUUCUGAAGCCGAGCCGCGCGAAACCGCGUGGCCUUUCCCUUCUACGCCGUCUGUCUCUCCUUUGUCUCGGUUUCUCUCUUCGGAGUUUGCUCGGAAUGAGUCGAACACCGUCGCCGCUGGGGCGUGUGCGCCGCCGACGCUGUCGGAGUCGUCCUCGCUCUGCUGGUCGGACUUUGCGCAGAAAGACACCGUCCCCGAGACCUCGCUGGUUUUCUCUUUCUCCUCUUCGCCCUUGGCGUGGGCCUCGCCCCGGCACGGUCCCUCCGCGCCUAAUGCCGAGAAGGGACGGGACGCCUCGCCGCUCGACAACGCCGGAGACGAUGCACGGCCCGCGAGGGGCGAGCCGCGUCGAAAUGCGGGCAGGGGGGGCGGCGGAGACCGGGAGCGAGGCGCGGCGGGCGCGUCACACGCCUCGCUGCACGCCCCGAGGGACGAGGCCGCGACCUCUUCGCUGUCGCUCACGCGACCGGAGGGUCGCGCCUCGUUGUGCGCUUCGUCUCAGAGCCCAAUGCCGCCUCUCUUCCGCGUGCCCUCCUCGCCGUCGCCUCAGCAGGGCUUUGGCGGCGCCUCUUGCUCGUUCGCUGGUCCCCCUCCAGUGCUCUCCUGCCAGUCUUCGCCGGUGGUGCGGCCUGCGUCGUCUUCUGCGCUGCAUGCAGCCUCGUUCGCGUCGUCGCCCAGUGGACUGUUCAGUGCGUCCCCGCUGCCGUUCCCGCCUCCGGCCGGCGCCACGGCUGCGCAGGCGCUCGCCGUGGGCGCCUUUCCAGUCAUUGCCCAGGCGGCGUCCGACGGCGUCCUGCUCUUCCCCGCCUACGUGCCGGCUGCGUGGGUCGACGCCUUCGAGUUCAGCCGGUGGCCCUGCGAGCGAAGGGAGCGGCAGGAACGCGGCGGAGAAGCACGCGGCCGGAGCCGGCGCGGCGGCCUCGGGCGCGUCCGGGGGGGGGGUGGCGAGUCGGGCUCGUUCGGCACCAAGGCGGAGCGAGCGGAGGCCAGCGCGGCCGCGGCGUCUCCGGGAGGUUCCGUCCUCCUGGAGGAGCGCACCGCCUUGGCGACCAGCGGCGCCUCUUCGAAGCCGCUGUCGUUCCUCUCGACGCCCGUGACCUCAGUCGCCGUCAUCGAGUACGGGCCAGGCCUGCCGCCCAGCCCUCGGAGCCUGCAGAGUGCGGUCGCGGGGCUGCUGGGCUACUUCCGCGGAGACAAGGCGGAGAUGAGCUUGGCCCUGAACGACCAUCCGCGGGGGAGGGAGCGUCGACACUCGUUCUCGAUAAGUCCGUACUCCGGCUUGACGCGCAGCCCCAGCGCGAUAGGCGGCAGUCCCGCCGGCGUCCCCCGGCACCACCAUCACCACCACUCUCUGAUGUUUUCCAUCGCCCACCCCACUCUGCGGAGACGCAGCUCCAGCUCGGCAGCCAUCACGCCGUCGACGCGCGCGACGCAUCGCAGCAAUGGGUCAGGCAAAGACUUGCCCGCCGUCGCCGCCGCGGGCCCCGGGCUCCAGACGCUCGCGCGGCCCUGCCCCGAGGCUGUGCACAGCGCGCUCAAGUAUGGGAUCCGGUAUGGCGUUCCGGACGGACUAAAGCGAGUCGUCUGGCUCGUCGCCAACGACGCGUAUGUUUUUCUAAACAGCCACGAACAACUGUACAGAAAUGCGCUGCAGCAGACGUUCGGCGAUCGCGUCCCCUCCACGCUCAAGGGAAAGUGCCCCACCUUCUCGGCCGGGCUCAUUGGGCUCCAGGAGGACAUAUCCGGCAAACAGACGCGCCUGAAAGACCUCGAAUUCGAAACUGACACGCCACUUGCGUCCUGGCGCGCGCACAUGCACCCCAGUGAAGGCGGCGCCGCCUCCGGCGCGGGCGACGCACGAGAGGGUCCCCUGCGUGAUUUCUUCCUUUCCGACCUGACGGAAUCCACCGCCGACCUCUUCAGAACGUGGUUCAACGCCUCGCCGAGGGGCGGCGAACGGAGUCAAGGCUCCCGGAGAGCGCCUGCGCGAAGCCCGCCCCACCAGGCGGUCCGCGGACCAGAAGGAGGGACGCCAGGUGGAGGCGUGCCUUACUACUCGGCGACGGCCCCCACCCCGUGGUGGCUGUCGCUCUUUGGCGGCCGCAGACACCGUGUGACCAACAACCCGCUCGGGCAAGCGAUCCGCGACGACCUGAAUUUCUGGCCUGCGCCGCCGAGUCCUUCGGCCUCCGGAGCUGGGGCGGCACAUGCCGCCGGCGAGAGGGGCGAAUCUCCGUUGGGUGACGCGAACUCUCCAGGGGGAGCAGGCGGUGAAAGAGCCGACGCGCGGGGCCCUGAAGGAGGGGUCGACGCCCCGUCUGGAGGCGCUGAGGAGGCCACAGGGUCACUUGGGGCUACCCUGGGGGGCGCAGACGGCAACUUGAGAAACCGCUUCGCAGGCGUGGCGCUGAUGCACGGGCUAGGGAGCUUUGCCAGCGGAGACAGGCUGGGGAGACGGUCGACGUCGGAUAUCGAUGAAGCGAGGGUCAAGGCCAUUUUGGGGGCUGGGCGAGACGCGGCUGCCGGCGGGGACGCCUCUGCGCGGUCCGUCGAUGGGUACAGGCGCGCAGGAGGGGGGGCCGACAGCGACGCGAUUGCGACCCUGGGGGCCGGGUACAGUGCGCCGACGCGCGACGACGCGGAGACGGCGUCGUCAGGUGGUCGGGAGGGUGUGCCGGCGUGGCUGAGUCGGAUGGAGGCGGACGUGGAGGCGCUGAAAUGUGCGAGACGGGAGAGCGGGAAGGGCCGCCCCGGGCCAGCGGCGGACCGUCUGUUCGUGGACUACAUGAACCUCCGGCGGAGCGACACGCAAAACGGGGACGAGAGUCUCGACGUGGAGAAGCAAAAGGCGCUGGCGAAAGAGCUUUUCGGGCGGCGCGACAGCAGCGAAGUCCAAGAUUUCCGGCGAUACAUGCGCGACACGCACCACCGGCAUAUGCGCCACGUGGAGCGGAUGCGGCGAGCGCGGGAGAGGUCUCGCGAGCGCCUUUCCUCUUCCUUCGCAGCUUCGUCUCUGUCGAGUUACCUGGCCGCGACGGCGAGCGAUUCUGGGGCGCUAGCAAGCGGCAGCAUGCUGCCUCGGCGCUUCAACACUGCCUCGUCUCUAGAUUCCAUGGGCUCCUUCACGCCCUACAGUCCUGCUACGGCGGCCGACCACCCGGUGGAUCGCAACCUGUCCCCCGAAGAUCUGCCCCCCUACCGUAGUAACAUGUACUCCGCAUUUUCUGACUACAACCUCUUCACCGCGCAGGCGGCGGCUCGCCAGUACCAGGCCUCGAUUCUGGCGGCGGCGAACCACUCGCCGAGCCCUAAGACGGGGUUCGCCCACAACUUGCGAAACCUCAAAAACCGUAGGAAAAUGAAGCUCUCGCGAACGCCCUCCAAGACGUCAGCGAUCCAGGCGCCGCGAAGGGGGGUGCUGAGCGAAGACGACGAAGCGGCGCACGCGGGCACCGUGUCGGACAGCGUCGCCGGGAUCCUCAGAGGCCAGCGACCCGCGGCGGGUCCGGGGCGGCUCGGAGGCCGGGCGGCAGGGGACUGGCCGGUGGAGCGGGAGAGGAAGUCCCUUUUUGGCCGAAAGAAGAAAGACGGGGGGGCCAUUCCCCCCCGCGGCAAGGGCGCCGCGCUCCCAGUCAUCACGCCACACCUCACGGCGGAGGAGACGACGCCGGGGGACUUGGGGGCCCUUGGAGCCGAAGGGGCCGACGGCGUCCCGAUCUUGGGGCCGAUCCACGGGCGACUGGAUCGCUCGCCGUCCGCGCCGACGACGCUGUCGUCUGUGGGAUUCCACCGCCUGGUGAAGGCCGAAAGCAAAGUCGGCACGCCGCGGCCGAACCCGGGUCCGACCAGCCGACUCCCCUGGAAGCGCAGCAGGCCCUCGCACGCGCACGCGACCGCGCCCGACGGCGAGACAGGCUGCCCCGCGGCAGGCAAGGCCGCUCCGGGGGGCACUCCGUCCCGAGCUGCGCCUGGCGGGAAGAAACGCUUUUUGCUGGGCCACGGGAGUGGGGGCGGCAGAGGCGAAGAAGAGAUGCGGCGUAUCGACACUGUCGGCGCGGCGAGCGACUCUUCGCACUCUCCCGUUGUGCUGCGACAGCCGCUGGGUUCCGCGCCCGUGUCUCAGGAGGAAGGGAGGGAGGUUGAAGCCGCGGCCCUCGCAGCCAAGAAGCAGAUCCCCGUCCCCGCGCCGGCGGCGGCAGCGGGCGCGCGACCCAGCUCUCUCGCGCGCUGGGCGCUGUUUCGGGGCGCGGCCGCGGAGGGAGAGACGCCCAAGUCUCCGUCGAGUGCGCACGACGCGGGCGGGUCGGGCGAGAAGGAGAAGAAGGCGCACAGCGUUGUGGGUCACGAGACCGACGAGCGAGACAAGGCGGGCGGAGGGGCGAUCAAGGGGCCGGGGGGGCAUGGAGACGAAGAGCGCGAAUCGGGAGGAAUCGGGAAGAAGCUGAACUUUGGCUUCUUCAAGAAGCUGUUCUUCCAUCCGCAUCCGUUUGGACACCGCCGCACGACGACCGACGACGCCGAGGCGGAGAAGGAGCCGGACUCGGACGACGCAGGCUGGAAACGCGAGGCUCCCAGCUUUCGCUUCCACUCCUCGGAGCGGCUCCCUCCGCGCUUGUCUGAGGACGGCGAAGAAGGCGAGGACAGCGUGGUGGGUGGGGACGACGGCGCGGCCAAGAGCCCCCCCCCUGCGCGCGCGGAGCUGCGCGACGGCGAGGCGUCGACGUCUUCCCGGCGUACCCACGCAGCUGGCUCCUCGCUCUCUUCGCCGUCGUCGCCCGCCUCCGCGCUGCGGCCGCAGCAGGCCAACAGUCUGCUCACCUCGUGGUCUCCGUGUUGCUGCGCGGCGAACGCGACGCAGGGCCGCUUGAUCGGCGCGGGCGGCAAAGACGGACGGGAAGGCGGGAGCGAAGGCUCGGGGCUGGGCUACUCUCGGGCUUCCAGUCGCGGGCGGAGCUCCGGCGGCCUUACCGCAUUCGCAGAGAGGUCUGGCGCUUCGUCCAGUGCGGAACCGUCGGUCGCCUCUUCGGGGGUUGGCGGCCGCGACGGCUCCGCGCCAGCGUCCUCCGCGACCGGCGGGAGCCAGGCCGCGAGCCACGGCCGGGGAGCGCAGCAGAGGGCAAGCGAGCGGGGAGACGACGAGGACCAGGGUGAUGCAAUGGUGUUUCGGUUGCCGCCGUCGGUGGACGCCUCGAACGCCUCGACGCCCGCGGGGCUUCCGCGGGCCUCGCCCCGCCUGCCAGGCGGCGAGGAGUUCGAGUACGCAUACCCGGGGGCGUCGUCGCCUGCGCUCGUACCCUCGGGGCCUCCCGCGUCGCUCUCGUCUUCGUUUCUGCUCUUUGCAAAACCGACGACGGCUGAGCGCGAGACGGCCUCUGUGCCAGACACUCCCACGGUUGGCGUGCAGCAGUCGCUGUGGAGCGCCGCGCUGCCGGGGGGCGACGACGCGGUGAACGCGGACCGCAGCGGGAGGGGCGCGGCGAACCCCGGCAAGGGGGACCCAAGCAAGGGGCGGCGGCGCCUCCACCUCGGGCUGCGGCUACACAAGCCGGUCCAAAAGCCCGAUCGCACGACGCAGCUCGCGCUGCUGCCGCCUGGAUUGCGGGGGGGCACCCCGGCCUUCGCCACACCCGCCUCCGCGGAUGACGCGUUCUCGCUGCCUGCUCAGCUCGUCGUCGGGGCGGGAAGCGCCCCCAACGGCUGGACGAGGUCCCCCGCCGCGACCGGCGGCUUCGCCACCAGCCUCGAGGCCUCCCGGGGCCCGCCCCUGCUAUCACCCGCGCCCGACGGGGCGGCUUGCGCCCCGUUCCUUGGCCCGCUCGCGCACCCCGGGGGCGCGGCCCCGCCGUCGCCGAGCUUCAGGCCUGCCGCCAGCCCCCAGGGGCCCCCCGGGCUACUGGCCAGCCGGAGCCCCGAGAGCGGGAAGUUGAGCGCGUCCGUCGUCUCCGCCUCGCCCAUCUGGCUGACGCUGCAGGGCGCGCGACCCGGCGCCAGCGGCGUCAGCGCCGACGCGAACAACGAAUACCGGCGGCAACUGAAGAAGGGAGACGUGUACGAGCUCGAAGACGUCACGGAGUUCCACGUUCUCCUCACGGAAGAGGGAAAAGAGAAGGCACGCAGGCUCCUGUGGUGCCUCAACGCCCUGCACGGGGCGAUCGAGUUCUGUCCCGUUCUCCCUCCGCUGGCGUGCGUGCUGCUGCUGUACUUCGAGGAGGACGCGACUUACGUGAUUCUGCACUGUCUCCUGAAGGCCGCGGUUCAAAAGGAGCGCAACAACCACGACGCCCCGUUCAUGCCGUUCAGGAGAAAAGACUUCGUUCGGUUUGUGAAGGUGAUUACGGCGACGAUCUCGCACCGCUUGCCGCGGCUCUACGCGCAUCUGCGCUCGCUGACCAUCGACGUCGCGGCGUGGGUCGCCAGGGGCGUUCAGGACGGGUUUGCUCGGAUGCUGCCGUUCGAUUUUGUGCUACGCAUUUAUGGAGCGUUCCUUUACGAAGGCGCCAAUGUCUUCUACAGACACUGCGUGGCGCUGCUCAAACUCCUCGAGCCUUCCUUGCUAGCUUGCACGAACUACGAAGCAGCGGAGGACGUCCUCUACAACUGCGGUGACGACCCGGCCGUCACGCUGAGCGGCCUUUCAAAGACAGCGUAUCGCUACAAGCUUCGCGUCGAUGCCCCUUUCCACAAACUGGACGUCGCGUUCCCGACUCCGUAUUUGAUGACGACGCGCAUGAGGCAAUUCCAUCGCCCGCGACUCCGCCACGAAUCGCGCAUCCUGCAGCCGCGCCACUGGGAAGCAGUCUGGAAUUGGCUGCCCGAAAACCAACGCAUGCUUGUUCCCACGCUGCAAUAUUCGAGCGACAAGCACGGAAUGAGCAUCACCGCGAUGCUCCAGCGCCUGACGCUGUUUCUGCGCUCGCCGAUGCUCCUGGUGCUGAUGACGACUGAUCAAGAAAUCGUCGGCUUCUUCAGUCCCUUCCCUCUGCGCCUAGACGCCAAGUCUGCGGCAUCGAGCGCGCCUCUAGACAUUUCGUUUGUCUGCCAGUUAGAGCCUGAGCAGGAAGCUUUCUGGUGGACGGGGGCGAACGCGCUGUUCAUGAACGUCACGCACAAGCAGAUCGUCAUCGGCGGAAACGACGUCGCGAUUUUUGUCGAUCAAGACUUGCGGAAAGGCCAGAGUAGGAAGUCGGCGUCUUUCGGCUCGCCGAGGCUCGUUCGGGACGAACUCGGCGACUUCCUCAUUACGCUGGUGGAAAUUUGGAUCCUCAAAGACUCGUGA